GCCCUGUCCCUUCUUGGAGUGAUCUCAGAAGUGUACCCAGAUCUGAUGGUACAGAAGGACCACCCUGACCGCCUCCUAAAGGUGUACAUCUCCAUGCUGAAGGAACAGAUGGAGUCUCGGACCAGGAAACCUGAGAUGUUGGUCAUCUCCGGCUGUCUGGAGGGCCUGACACACUUCCUUGUAAACUUCACACAGUCUGUGGAGGAGGGAAGUGCACAUUCCAAGGACAUCUACAACUUUACAAGGAGGGCUGUGUCACCUCAGGUGGAGAUGGCACGGUAUGAUGUGCCCAAAGCUGCCUUGUGGCUCCUGGCUAAACAUGCUGCCCAGUUUAAUGAGUACCUGAUGAAUGAUUAUGAGGACAUGUACAGGAAGCUGUAUGAGUGGAGCCAACAUCCCAACAGAGACUUGAAACAGGCUGGAUAUGCAGCUCUGGAGUCCUUUCUCAAACAGAUAUCUGACAUGCUGGUUGCCAGACAUGAGAAGGAGAAUAACAAGGCUGACCUUGCUGUAUUCAAGUUCUUUAUCAGAGAGUUUCGAACCAUCAUCGACACAACAGAAGCUGGGACCAGGGAGAUGUCCAUUGCUGUCAGAGGAUAUGGCUUCUUUGCUGCACCUUGUAAGAUGUUUUUGUCAGAAAGCGAUGUGAAGUUCAUGUUCAGCGAGAUGAUGCAGAGGAGUGAACAGCUGUACUUCGGCACAGCGGACAGCAUGGAGGACAAGGUGCAUCACCUGCCCAGCUUUCUGGAGGCACUGGCCAGCAUUGUGCAACACCUGGACCAGUUGUCGGACAUGUUUGUGACAUCACUGGAACGGCUGGUUGUUGUCCUGUUUGAGAACUUCCCGCGACUCGGCAAAAAGAUGCACCUGAUCUGUCAGAAGGCCAUCCUGAAGGUCCUGCUGGCUCUGGUGCCGAAGGGAGCCACGCUGAGAACUUUCCUCAGCAGGAUAGUCUACCAGGCCCUGAUCCGGACAUGCUCCCACCCUAAUGUCAUAGAAGGAGUUACGGCGGAAGAUGAGGACCUCCCAGUAGCUUCUGGUGAGGAGGGAGGGGAACAGCAGCCACAGCAGCCACCGGUCAAGCGGUUCUCCUACAGAGACUACCUGGAGCUGUGGGGCAACCUGCUGGACAGCUCCAGACUCAAGGAGCUGUCCCAGUGGGGUGUUGCUGUAGCUGACAGACAGGCAAUGCACAGGAUGCUGUAUGAUGAGUUGGUGACCUCUGUUCUCAAGGUCAUCGACAAACUUGAUCUGACGACCUCCAAACAGGUGGAAACUGGCAACGAGGAGCUGACUGCUGAUGUCUCUGGCUCCCAGGAUGGGACGACCUCUGACCCCUUUGCAGGGCUGCAGGCAGCCAAACCAAGAGACUUUGUGGUUUUCAUCAAUGUGGUGGAUUUCUGCAGGGACUUGUUGCCUCACCACCACCCUGAGUACUUCCAGCGUUGGGUCUUCACAGUUGGACAUGCCCUUAUCCUGCACUCUACCAGACUCCCCCUUGUGAGCGGUUUCUACAAACUCCUGUCUGUCUGCAUGACCAUCUGUACCAAGGUCAAGUACUUCAAGGAUCUGGACACAAAAUUGCUCAGCUUCUCGGAAGAGUCCAUGGACACGGAAGGGAGGGACAGGCCCUCGGAGGGACAGGCCUGCUUCACUCUGUUCAGGAAAUUUGUCAAAGAAGUGUUAGUGAGGCUUAAGCAGUACAAGGAUGACCUUCUGGCCUCCUGCCUGCUGCUCGUGUUGUCACUGCCACAUCAGAUUGUCCAAUCAGAGAUCAGCACACUGGUCCCAGCCCUACAGACAACAUUCCGGCUCGGCUUGAGUUACCUGCCACUGGCUCAUGCAGGGCUGGACGCCCUGGAGAGGUGGUUACUGAACCUCCCCCGCUCUGCCCUGGAGCCACACUUCCCUCACAUCCUGCCCUACCUGGACAGCUACCUACAGACAGCUGCUGACACAGGUUCAUCUAGCAGUAGUGAUGGUUUCCAGACCGUCUCCCUGACUGCAGCCUCCUCCACACGAGGGAAGAGGAAGAUUCCUGUCAAACUCCUGAAGGCUGCUGCAGAACGAAACCAGGUCCAGGAGAGUGACCUAGUGAAGGCUAGACUGAGGAUAGUCCGGUUCCUGGGCUCCUUAGGAGGCCACACCAAUGCAUGUCUGGUGACUGGUCUAACGGCGGAGGACCUGGCAAAGCGGGCUGUAGCCUGGGACACACAGACACACCUGCAGUUUGCUGUUCCUUUCAUGGACAUGAAGCCUACGGUGUGCCUGGACCCCUUCUUGCCCAGGAUCUGUGAGCUGGCCACCACCUCAAGUGACCGACAGACAAAGGUAGCAGCCUGUGAGCUCCUCCACUCUCUGGUGCUGUACAUGGUUGGACAGGGAGCUCAACAACCUGGGGAGAUGCAGGCUAAGAACCCAAUGACCAGACUGUACAAGAAGGUGUUCCCUGUCCUGAUGCAGCUGGCCUGCGAUGUGGAACAGGUUGCUAGGCAGCUGUUUGACCCCCUGAUGAUGCAGCUGAUCCACUGGCUGACCAACAACAGGAAGUUUGAGAGUGAAGAGACCAUCACCCUCCUGGAUGCCAUUAUGGAUGGUCUGGUGCACCCCACAGACACCGCUCUGCGUGACUUCAGCUCACGGUGUGUGAGGGAGUUCCUACAGUGGUCCAUCAAACAGACAACCCCUAAGCAACUUGAGAAAAGCCCCAUCAACAUCAAGUCCCUGCUGAAGCGUCUGUACAGCCUGGCUCUCCACCCGAACCCCUUCAACAGGCUUGGGGCAGCCCUGGGCUUCAAUAGUAUCUACAGGGACUUCAGAGAAGAGUCGUCCCAGGUGGACAUGUUUACGUUUGAGCUCCUGGUGACGUUUGUGGAGAGUCUUGCCCUGGCCCACCACGAUGAGAAGUCUCUGGGCACCCAGGCCCAGUGUGUGGCUGUGUUAACUCAUCUGGACAGGAUCAUCACCACUAAAGCUGACCUGCUCAACAAACACAGCAAAGUCAGGAGGGUGCCCAGGGGUUUUGACCGGGAGAGCCCCCCUACGCUGCCAGACCUGGUGACCUGGCUGCUGCAGCAGUGCGGCCGCCCGCAGACCGAGUGCCGCCAUCGCUGCAUGCUCCUCGUCUGCAGCUUCCUCCCUCUGUUACCACGGAAACCCUCUCCACAGGCCUGGAUGAAGGAGAGGCUGAAGGAGGAUGGACCAGAUUUUUUCAUCACAAGAUUUGAAGGAGGGGGAGGGAAGACUGGUCACAAGUCAGGCAUUAAAAAACACCCAAAGAUCAGCACCAUGGACAGCACAUUCACUGUCAAAACAGCUGUCUCCUGGUUUGACCUACUUCUGGCUGCCCUUGACAGCUACUGUUGGGUAUUUGGGCAGCGCUUUCUAUCCCCAUCUGAUGUGCUCUCAGGUUCAGGCAAGAAGCCCAGCCAGCUGUUCACUGCGCUGGAGUUUUUCCUGACUAAGCUGGCCCUGUCAGACAUCGAUGCAGCGGCACGGUGCUUUGAGUCACACGGGGCAGCCACGCUGUUCACGCCGCGGGAAACAGAGGAUUACAACUACGGGAAGUGCACGGUCAUUGUACGAAUAAUGGACUUCUUCACGGUGCUGCUGGGUGCAUUUCCACAGGAUGCCUACAAGGUUGUUCCCGAUGCUGUAUGGAAGAGCCCCCUGUAUGAUAUGGUUGUAACUGCAGCACUGGAACCGACAGCGUUGGGGUUCAACAUGGGGGAUGUAGAGAUCAUGGAAAAACUGCCACAGGAGACAAAGCAGCUUCUCCUGCUGAUGUGCAGGUCACUACCAUCCCAACAGGGGGCGCUGCUCAAGUCACAAGUGGCAGCAAAAUUGUCUCGUAGAAGUUCCCAUGACCUGUUCUCCCACCUGCCGGAGGUGUCUGCCGGAGUGGCUGAACUUGACCACGUCAGACUGACCCUCAUGGUGUCGGGUUACCAACAGCUACACAAUGCAGGCCUUCUGCUGCCUGCACUGGGCACUAAUUCAGGAAAGUCCCUUGCCAGUGAGCUUGUGUCCGCAGUGUUUAAGAGCAUGGUCACCCGUAAGGACGGACACCCCACAGCUGCCAGCCUCCCCCCCAGCUUCCACCAGCUGACAGGGGGGUUACUGCAGCUGGCCUGUCAGCUGCACCCGCAAGGUCACGACCUUCUGGACUGUGUCAUGAAUAAGACCCCCCUGAUGACAGGAGGAGGUAAGAAGUCGUCGACCUUCCAGGGCAUGGUGUUCUUCAGUACCUUCAAGUCCUGCAUCUGCCAACAGCUGAUAAAAACCUGUGCUGAAAGCCUGCCUGUCCUCCUACAGCAGCUGACAGCUGAACCUGUCUGGGUUGGCAGCAUCCUACAUGGUUUACUGGACCAUCUGGCUAAAGACAAGACCCUCAGGAAAAAGGAAGGGGCAGCCCUGUGCGACUCCUUACUGCAAUCCUGGCCUAAGCUCGCCCCCUGGUGGGAGGAAGGUGCACUGCAGGAUAGCAAGUCCACAGCCUUGACCCUGCUGAGGAAGAUUCUCAUCAUUGACUCCCAGGUGUCCCGUGACCCCGCACACCCUGCCUUCCAACCUGUCUUCACCAUGUACCUCGACAUGCUGACAGACUCAAGGUCAACACUGCCCUUCAAGAGCCAGGUUCUGGACCUGCUGCCAUUCUUCACUGUCCUGCCCCAGACUCAGCUGGCUGAACUCAAGGCCAGACUGGACAGGAUGGUAGCUGACAAUUUCCCCCUCAAGUCUGCAGAGUUCCCAGCUGGCAGCUCCAAGUACAAUGACUACGUUGGUGCUGUUACCAAGCUGCUGAGUGCUCUGGAGCUGUCCAGCAGUUUGAUGCUGCUGGAGCUGCUCAUCAGUGUCAUGUGUCGCGAGGCCAAGCACGUUAUGGAGGACGACAUACAGACUUCACUGUCACGGUUCAUCAAGGGCAUGGGAGCAGACAGACAGAAGCCAGCCCUGGAUAUCCCAUAUGGAAUAUUCCGCAGGGAAGGCAGUUUUCCCAACGAGAUCCGGAGGUCCGCGCUGGAGCGUGUGUGCCUGCCCAUGUUGCGGCUGGUCCACCCGGCUGCACUCACCGAGUUCUUCACCGACCACAUCAGAGAGAUCAUGGACAUCAUCGGGGCUCCCCAGACUAAGGCUGGUGAGGCUUCCCUUCGCACCCAGCUGACCAACAAGCUGUGCUGCUUCCAGCUGCUGGAGACCAUGUACUCUCGCCUUCCCAAGGAGGAGGUCAACACGCCCCCCUCCCGCAUUGUGCGUGCCUACAAGGGGGAGGAGGUCAAGGCUGGGAACGAGAUGACCACUGCCAUCACUAAAUUUGGACAUGCUGCAAAGAGCGAGGAUCUGCGAGGGGAAACGGGGCUCCUGGAUCUGCGACGGGAGUUCCACUGCGCGGCAUACAACGCUCUCAUCGCCAUCAUCUCCUGUACACAGACAGACAUGAAGUUCUACACCGCAUUCCUCUUCCAGGAAAACACAGCAAAGGGCCAGUUCCUGCUGGACAAUCUAGUGGACACUAACAAGCUCUACCAGUUUGAUGCAGAGUUUUCGGCUCCAGUCAGUAGGAAGAAACAGUUUGUGUCCAUCAGACAGGAGCUCAGAGGACAAGACUCUCCAGAAGCAGGUUCCUCCCGCUACAUGCAGUCUUACCUGGCAGGAAGCAGUCUGAGUGAAGACAUCAGCCAGUUUGACUUCACCAGCGGGACGCAGGUGAAACACUCGCAGACUUUUUCCAGCACUCAAGAGAGAUAUUCCCAGGCCAGUCAGGGUUCCUCCAGGCUCCAGGCAAGACAACAGCAGGAUUCUUCUGUCAACAUCCACGGUGACUUCCUGGAGAUAGAAAUGGAUGAGUUGAACCAGCAUGAGUGCAUGUCCAGCAUGUCUGCAGUCUUACAGCACAUGGCCAGGAACAACAUCACUCCUCAAGUACAGAAGGGUGCAGCCCCAAAAGACAUGCCUCCAUGGAUGUCAUGCCUGAACAAGAAGCUUGGGGGCUCUUCUACCCACAAGAACGUGAAGCUCUUCCUCGCCAAGCUGAUCGUGAACAACGAGGAGGUUUUCCGUCCGUACGCGAGGUUCUGGCUGUCCCCGCUGAUGGAGAUGAUAGUGCGAGGGGAGGCGAGUGGCGAGGGCAUCAACUACUUCAUCGUGGACCUUCUGGUGACCAUGCUGUCCUGGGGUCCUGUAGCCAUUCCUGAGGACUCGGCGAUGGGCCGGGCCCUGACCAGCCGCCUGCUGCACUUCCUGAUGGCCAACGCCUUCCACAAGACCCGGGCCGUCAUGCGCAACAACCUGGAGCUCAUCAAGACUGCUGUGGAGUGCUGGAAGACCAGGGUCGAGGUCCCCACCAAGGUGAUCCAUGAUCAGCUGUGCGGCUCGGAUGCCUCCAGUAAGGCCAACUCCGUGGGGAUCCAGCUGCUGGGUGUGGUGCUGGCCAAUCAGCUGCCUCCUUUCAACCCCUCCACGUCCGGAAACAUCGAUAGGGAACAGUUUUUCUCAGCUGUUGCCAAAAACCUGCAGCUAACCCGAUACAAGGAUGUCUAUGCUGCUGCUGCUGAGGUUAUUGGGAUGAUCAUGAAGUACAUGGCAGAUGUGGAAAAGGUAACUGAGGGAAGUUUCCACACCCAGGUGGAGCGAUACCUGCUUCCCCUGCAGGUGAACCAACAGGACGUGUUUCUCACCUGUGUGCACAAGAUACACCUGCACUUCCCACCUUUUGCAGACAGGUUUGUGUCGAAGCUCCUCUUCAUGCUGCCCAAGCUGCACGGAAUUUUCCGCACCCACUGCCUGGAGGUCAUCCGAGGUCGGGUCAAUGUCAUCGACAACCUCUUCCUGGAACUCAAAACCAGGAACUUCCUGGGAAUGCUGACUCACAGGGAUGACGGGCUGCAGGCCAUCGUGCUGCAGAUUGUUUACGCCCUGCUGCAGAAGCUGAAGGUGGAGGAGCUGCUCUAUCUGCUGCCGUCCGUAGCAGCCUUCGCCUCCCACCCUGCCCCAGAGUGCCGCAGGACCAUGUAUGACAUCAUGAUGUGGAUCUAUGAUAACUACAGGGAAGAAGCGUCCCAACAGGAGUCAGCAGGGCGUGUUCUGGGGACAGCAAAGGACUGUCUGCUGCAGGGGCUGUCAGACGAGGAGUCUUACCUCAGACUUCUUGUGCAGAACUUCUGGAGCCAUGAGACCCGUCUGCCGACAGGGACCCUGGAGCGGCUGGUGGCCAUGUUGGAGUGCAUGCACUCCCCGCGCACUGAGCCGCAGUACCUCAGCUACUGCACCAACCUGCUGCUGGAGAUGACAUCACGCAGUCCCGACUUCUCACGGGAAAUCUUCCAGCAUCCACUGUCCGAGUGCAGGUUUCAGGAUGUUCAGAUCGACCAUUCCUGGAAGCAGAGGCACGUUGCCAUGACGCCUAUGUUUGUGGAAACCCAGUCCAGCCAUCCGGCCUCGUCUCAGUCCCAGGCCCAAUCUCUGUCCCAGGGUGGGCAGGACACUCUGGGGGGUCAGCUGAGGGCAACACAAGAUGUCCUACAGUUCACAGCCACACAGGCAUCAGCUGCUCCAAAGAAUGCGUACAACUGGCUGACCCAGUCCAGUCUAGACACGUUUGCGGACUACUCCGUCCCGCUCGGAACAGAAACCCAGUCCUCGCUCCUCUUCACUACUGAUGCCAGCAAGAAGGUGGCCAAGGCACGCCGGCUGAAACCGGUUGGACCCGGUUUUGGGUCUGAUCGGCUGAGUGCAGGGAGGGACCAGACUGACGGAAGAGCAGCUGAGGACUCUCAGCAGUCGGAGAUCAUGAGACUGAAGAGGCGUUUCCUCAAGGACCAGGACGUAACUAAGGCUUACCACGCCCGGCGACAGAUCAGGAUGCAGAAGAUGAGAGAGGAGAGAGUGAAGGAGCAGCGAGCCAAGCGGGGGAACCUGGUGACACUGUACCGACAGUACCGAGUGGGAGACCUGCCGGAUAUACAGAUUAAAUAUUCCUACAUCAUAGCACCUCUUCAGGCCCUCGCACAGAGAGACAGCAUGCUGGCCAGGCUCCUCUUCAGUUCCUUGUUCCGCGGCAUCUUUGAGGAGAUUGAGAAUGUGAAGACGGAGCGCGAGGCAGAGGAUCUGACAGAACAGAUCAGCCGUUUCUUAAACACGGCGCUUAGCAACAGCGAGAAGUACUUUCCGCCCUUCAUUUCCUCCCUACAGGAGAUUUGUUACCGCGAGCCUCGGAAGCUGAGCCCAGAUGCGAGUGUGAUCCAGCAGACUGGGGUGAUCAGCCUGCAGCAGCCCAUAGGUAUUGUCCUCCUUGAGGAGCAGCUGGUCCAGAAGGCAGGUGUGGAGGAGCCGAGGUCCAAGCGAGCAAGAACAUCCAGCUCACCUGUGUCAGCUGAGACUGCCACCUGGAUAGAACUGGCCAGGCUAUACAAGUCCUUGGGAGACUUCGAUGUCUUGCAAGGAAUCUUCAGCAGGAAGGUGGGCACUCAGACGGUCACGUAUGAGGCCCUCGAGGCAGAGGCAAGAGGAGACUUCAAGAAAGCUGUGGAGCUCUACAAUCAGGCCAUGCAGGAGACAGAGUGGCCGGACCCUCAGCCCCUGGCGGUGGAGGAGGAUCUCUGGGACGACUCCAGACUGCAGUGUUACGACCACUUGACCCAGUGGAAGAACUUGUAUGAAGUCUCGACUGUCAACAUUGAUGAGGAUUCACCACCAAACCUGGACAAGAUGUGGGAUGACACCUACUUCCAGGAACACUACCUGCCCUUCACCAUCAGGUCAAAGUUGAAGCUGCUGCUGGAGGGAGAAAUGGACCAAUCACUGCUCAACUUUGUGGACAGUGCCAUGCAAAAACCUGACAGGAAGGCUUUACUAGAGUCCCGUUACUGUGAGGAGCUGGCCAUGUUGUACUUGUACCAGGAUGAUUACGGCAGGGCCAAGUACUAUGUGGGGAACUGCACAGAUGCCUUCCUACAGGAAUGGUCUGGGAUGGACCGUCUCAUGACAAGCAGCCGAGCGGCAAAGCUGCAGUCUCUGCAGAAACUCACAGAGAUGCAGGAGUUCCUGGAACUCAUCUCUAAUGACCGAAACUUUGAGACACCGUGGCCGGUGACCCGGCUGCUGGAGAAGUGGUCCAGCCGUUACCCUGACAACAGGAUGGACCCCAUCUCUGUAUGGGACGACAUCAUCGCCAACAGAUGUCUGUAUUUGGACAAAUUGAAUGACAAGUUUGAGCAGAUGGCAGCCCGAGGAGUUUUGGACACAGAGGUGGGAGGGGAACCCUUCAGCCACAGGGCUCAGAGGGAGCAGUUCUUACUGAGACUGGUGCUGGCAGACAGCGCGGGAACAGGUAACACUGAACAUUUGAACUGGUCCCUUUUGAAACUGAUUGUUGCAGAAGAAAUUUUUAAGCUAAAGGUAGAUGAUUUUGACAGCUCUUGUACAGUGACUGAUUUAACUUUUUUUCUUCAGGCUAACUUCCCUGUGGCUCUUAAACACCUGAAAAACACACUGAAGGAUUUUACAGAAGAUGACCCCCUGCGACUGAGGUGGACCCACUGCUAUGCUCGGCUGCACCAGAAGAAAGCUUCCCUCCUGACUGGUGCUGACAAACUCAACAAUGUCCUCACAACAUUCGAGCAACUGGAUAAGUUCAGCAGCUGCCGAGUGUUUGAGGAGGACCUGGCCGUUGCUAAGCAACACCACACCCUUACCAGCCUGUCCUAUGAGAUUGUGGCCCAUGCACUUAUUCAGGAAGGUGGAGCCAUUUUGACCGGCCUGAAAGACACAAGGCAUGCGCAGCUGCUGACAGCUGCAGGUGUGUCACCUGACACAUCGGUGGAUCAGACGAUCUCCAGCCUGCUGCAGAAAGGCCAUGCAUGUCUGCAGAAGGCUGUGAAGCUGGCCAGUGAUGAGGAGAAGGCACGCCAGGACACCAGUCUGGACAAGUCAGGCAUCGUGGACGCCUUCAUGGCUAUGGUCGGAUUCUGUGACAAGAUCUUAAGACACCAAGAAGAUGAUGAGGAGGGUACAGAACUCAGCUCUAUCCCAGGCCUGGCUGCUGCGGUGGUUUCUAACCUGCUGCAGGCCCUGCGCCAUGACUCCCCCGAGGCCAGACAACGCUUCCCCAGGCUGCUGCAGCUGGUGGAGAUCUACCCUGACACCAUGGACCUCUUCAUAGAGAAGGUAUCCCAUGUGCCCAGCUGGCUCUGCAUUUCCUGGCUGGGUCAGAUGGUGGCGCUGCUAGACAAGCCUGAGGCUGUGGCUGUUCACGGCAUCCUGACCAGGAUAGCACAGGAAUACCCACAGGCCCUGGUGUACCCACUGAAGAUCAGUAGUGAGAAUUUUGAGUUUGAGGAUUCGGUGACCGGCAGGAGGAACCAGGAGGCUGUUACCAGCUUGAAGAAAACUUUGUCAGUGAUCUACUCCCUGGUGGACAAACUAAUUGGAGGUCUGGAACAACUCAGCCACCCUGACCAGCUCUUUAAGGACUGGGGUGACGAUGCCGACCUGAAGCGACUGCUGAAGGUCGACCCAAAGAAGAGAACUAAGGAGGACAAGGUCACCAUCAAGAGGCUGUAUGAUGAGAUGUAUGACAGCCUGCUAGACUUCAGGUCAGCCAGUCAGGAUUCGUCCAUGUCAUCCCUGUUUGGUUCCCAGUCCUCCGACCUGGAGUCUCAGUCUGUCGGAUUCGGGCCCUUCCGGCGACGGUUCGCCCAGCAGUUCGCCAAGGAGUGUGAGAAGAUGUUCGGCAAGGAUGGAAGUCGGAUUUUAGAUAUGAAGGAAAAGGAAUUCAUGAAGCUGAAGAGUGGCCUGCAGAACAUGAUGGGGGAUUUUUACCGGAAAGCGUUCCCUCGAGAGAAGGCCAACUGUUACGCGCCCGGCCUGCUGAAGGACUACUGUCCCUGGCUCAGUGACUUCAACCCUCUGGACUAUGACAGGGAACUGGAGAUCCCAGGCCAGUACACUGGGAAGGUGAAGCCCCUAAUGCAGUAUCAUGCUAAGAUAGCAGGCUUUGACCAAAGGGUGAAAGUCAUGAGCUCCUUAAGGAAGCCAAAGAGAGUCACCAUCCGUGGGGACGACGAGAGGGACCAUCCAUUUCUGGUGAAGGGAGGGGAGGACCUGCGGCAGGACCAGCGCAUCCAGCAGCUCUUCGACAUCAUGAACGACAUCCUGACCCUUGACCCCGCCUGCAGUCAGCGCCAGCUGCGAAUCAGGACCUACGGGGUCAUCCCCAUGACCUCAAGGGUGGGGCUGAUAGAGUGGAUGCAGAACACCACCCCCCUGGCUGGUUUCCUGGAGAACGCCAUGACAACCAGGGAACAGGAGGCCUUCCUGCACCAGAGGCUGCCUCUAAUUGACUUUGAUGCCUACGUCCAUCGGCUCGGUGGAACAGUAAAGAACGACCCAUGGGGCAAGGUUUAUGGAUCUCUGUACCAGAAAGCAAGCAGAACAGAUGUGACCUUGGCCUUCCGUCAGGUGCAGAGCAAGGUCACCUGGGACAUUAUGAGGCGAGGUUAUCUGCAGAUGAGUUCAUGUCCUGAGGCGUUCCUAACUCUCCGCUCUCACUUCACCACGACUCACGCCACCCUCUGCAUCGCACAAUAUGUCCUUGGCAUCGGAGACCGCCAUCUUGGAAACUUCAUGAUUGACCUUGAGAGUGGAGGCAUGGUGGGGAUUGAUUUUGGACAUGCCUUUGGCUCAGCCACACAGCACCUGCCAGUCCCUGAGCUGAUGCCGUUCCGCCUGACCAGACAGAUGCUGAACCUCCUGCUGCCCCUGAAGGAGAGCGGCCUGCUGCAAAGCACCAUGGUCCACGUGCUGCGGGCUCUGCGCUCCAGCCCCAACGUCCUUAUCAACACCAUGGACGUCUUCAUCAAGGAGCCACAUCUGGACUGGAAGAACUUUGCAGCAAAGCAGAUGGACAAGGGGAUGGUAGGGGAAGAUGAUGACCUUGAUGACAUCAGCUGGUACCCGAGGGAGAAGAUCAAGUUCGCAGCGAAGAAGCUGCAGGGGGUCAACCCAACACACAUCACCAAGGCAGAACUCCAGCUCGGCCACAAGAAUCUUCCCUGGUUCAAGUCCUUCUGCCUGGUUGCCAUGGGUGACGGAGGGAAGGAUGUGCGCGCCCAGAAGCCUGCGGAGGGGCUAAGCGUGGAGGACCAGGUGGCCUGCCUGAUCGACCAGGCUACAGACCCCAACAUCCUGGGCCGCACCUGGCAAGGCUGGCAGUCCUUCAUGUGA